AUCAAUAGGUUCAGGUUUAGGGCAAACUGAAAGGCGCAGUUCUCGCGUUAUUUGGCGCACAAUUAAUGCCAUCUACAAUUGCAGAGUGAGAACAGGUAUUGUUAUAAAUUUAAGUCAUAUUGAUGUUAAACCAUUUUUGGUUGAUGCUUUUCACUUAUUUAAAAACAAAAUUUUAAGAGUUUUGAGAGAUAUGCCAAUGUUGAAAGUGAACACAACUUUUUGUGCAGAUUUCAUUAAAAGUAAUGUUGAUGGUGAAAUUGUUGAUCGUAAAUUUUUCACUACUCCUAAUGCUAUGAUUGAUUCAUCUACCGAAUUGAAAGUGUGGUUUGAUUUUCAUAUAACUGAACGUAUCGUAGCUGAUAUGGAAGACAUGUCAAACAAGGGCAGCGGUUGGGCAUUGAGUAAAAUUAUUCAUUUAGAAAUUGCAAUUAAUAAAUUCGAAAUGGGAAAUUGUGCUGGUGGUGUUGGUGGAUCAUCUUACAUUAAACUACCUAAUCAAAUUUCGAAGAAAAAAGCAUGUAUCAACGUUAAGAAUAACGAUGAGGCGUGUUUUUUUUGGAGUGUUGUUAGCGCACUUUACCCAACAAAAACUAAUUCUGAUCGUACUACCAAUUACCCUUUUUACUCGAGUGUACUUAGAACUGAUGGAUUAGAACUGCCUAUGAAACUAUCUCAAAUUACGAAAUUUGAGAAAAUGAAUGAUAUAUCUGUGAACGUAUAUGGUUUACAAUUGACUGAAAAAGAAAAUCAAUCAUUUUAUUCAGUUUCACCUUUAAGACUCACACAACAUCAUCUUGCACACAAUCAUGUGAAUUUACUAAUAGUUCAAGAUAAAUAUUUCCCAAAUUUGAGUGACUACGAUGUAGCAGCAGCAGCCGCCCAACCAUUAGAAAAUAUAAGUAUUUCUGAAAUUAAAUAUCACUAUUGUUGGAUUAAAGAUCUUUCCAGACUUGUUUCAAGACAGCUCUCGAAACAUAAAACGAAGAAAUUUAUAUGUGACAGGUGUUUGAAUUAUUUUUCAUCUCAGAUAAAAUUGAAUGAACAUUUUGAGUGGUGUAAAGAUUUGAAUAAUGAAAAAGUAACUUUUCCAAAGUACGAUAACGUUGAAUUUAGAAAUUUUGUUUUCAAACAAAAAUGUCCCUUUAUUGUGUAUGCAGACUUUGAAUCCUUACUAAGACAAUGCAAUAAGAAAAUCAGUGAAAAAUCAUUCAAGUAUCAGGAGCAUGUGCCAUAUAGUGUGGGUUAUUAUUUAAAAUGUGUAUAUAAUGAUAAUUUUUCGCGUUAUGCUAGUUUUCGUGGUGAGACGUGCUUGGAUUGGUUUGCUGAUGAAAUAGAUAAAAUUGCAUCCUUUGUUUAUAGCAAUAUUAAACACAUUGAACCUAUGUCAGCUGCACCUAGAGAUGUUGGCACACAUUGUCAUAUUUGUGAAAAAAGUUUUAACGAUAAGGAUGUAAUAGUUAGAGAUCAUGAUCAUUUUUCAUCAGAAUUUAGGGGAUGGGCACAUCAGCAGUGUAAUCUUAAUUUCCGAAAACUCUUUAUUGUGCCCAUAGUUUUUCAUAAUUUAUCGAAUUACGAUGGGCAUUUUAUCGUGAAGUCUCUUUUACAUCGAGGCAACAUCACUACUUUACCAAUUAAUAAGGAAAAAUACAUUUCAUUCACAUAUUUUCAUCAGGAAACCAAACUCAGAUUCAGAUUUAUCGACUCAUUUAAAUUCAUGGGGGCUAGUUUGGAUGAAUUAGCUUCUACUUUAAUUCUCGAAAAUUUUUACAAUCUUAAGAAAGAAUUUUCAAGUUUGCACGAUAGUGAGUUUGAGCUGCUAACUAGAAAGGGUACUUUUUGUUAUGAUUAUAUGACUGACCUGGACAAGUUAAACGAUACAGCACUACCAUCAAUCAAUGAAUUUCAUAAUAAAUUAACCAACUCACACAUUGAUGCUGAAACCUACCAUCAUGCUCAAACCGUUUGGAAAACAUUCAAGAUAAAAUCGUUAGGUGAAUAUAGUGAUCUUUACAUGAAAACAGAUAUACUUUUGCUCGCUGACGUAAUGGAGAAUUUUCGGAAAACAGCUUUAGAGACAUACAAACUCGAUCCGGCAUGGUACUACACUAUGCCCGGUUACACCUGGGACUGUAUGCUAAAGUAUACUAAAUGUAAACUACAGAUACUUAAAGAUAUUGAUAUGGUUAUGUUUGUGGAACGGGGUAUACGUGGGGGAAUCAGUUGCUGCAUGCAUAGACUAUCUGAAGCUAAUAAUCCCCAAAUGGAUAAUUUCGACACAUCAAAACCCGAGUCAUAUUUACUUUAUCUUGAUGUAAAUAAUUUAUAUGGAUGGGCGAUGAGUCAAUAUUUACCAUUUGGAGAUUUUGAAUGGUGCGAUACGUCUGUUGAUGUGAGCAUUGUUCCUGAUGAUGGUCCAGAAGGAUACAUCCUUCAGGUGGAUCUGGAAUAUCCGCAACAUCUGCAUGAUCUACAUAAAGAUCUACCACUGUGUCCGGAGCACAGCGUCCCUCCUGGUUCAAAGUUGCCAAAAUUACUAUGCACACUCUCCGAUAAAAAAGAUUACAUUAUUCAUUAUCGCAAUUUGAAGACAGUGUUAGAAUUGGGGUUGAGAUUGAUAAAGAUUAAAAAAGUUUUGAAAUUUAAACAAUCUCCUUGGCUGAAACCCUAUAUCGAUCUCAAUACAGAACUACGAGCAAAGGCAACAACCAAAUUUGGUAAAAAUCAAUUUAAAUUUGCAAAUAACGCCAUUUUUGGUAAAACUAUGGAAAAUAUUCGACUACACAGGGUAGUUCGUCUGGUAAAUCGCUAUGAAGGUCGUUUCGGAGCCAAAAAUCUGAUAGCAUCGCCAAGAUUCCAUAGUCGUACUGUUUUCGGUGAGGAUUUAAUGGCGAUCGAACUCAAAAAGAAUGAGCUUUUGUUCAAUAAACCUCUAUAUAUAGGUAUGGCUAUUCUUGAUAUUUCAAAGGUGUGUAUGUAUAAUUUUCACUAUAAGUAUAUGCUACCUAAAAAUCCUGAUGGUUGUAAGAUUAUGUAUAUUGAUACCGACUCAUUUUUUUAUGAAAUUAGAGGUUGUAACCCAUACGAACUCAUUAAAAUGGAUUGUUAUACACACUUUGAUACUAGUGAUUACCCUAAAACCAAUGCUUUCAACAUUCCAUUGGUGAAUAAAAAGGUACCAGGUUUAAUGAAAGAUGAAGUGAAUGGUGAAAUUAUCACACAUUUUGCGGGUUUAAGAUCUAAAAUGUAUGCUUUCAAGGUUCAAGGGGGAAAAAUCACAAAAAAAUCAAAGGGUGUGAAAAAUUAUGUUGUCAAAAACCACUUGACUUUUGAUGAUUAUGUGAAAUGUCUCAAAGAAAAUGAAAAACUGGUUUUACCCCAAAAUACAAUCGGCUCCUUUGCACAUGACAUCUAUUCAAUUCAGCAAUCGAAAAUAGUAUUGAGUGCACAAGACGACAAACGCUACUUAAUUCCUUCAUCUUUUGAUACGUUACCUUGGGGUCAUUAUUCACUACAACCACACACAUCAUCACUACUAUUUUGAUCGAAAUGUUGAUAGAGAUUUUUUUUUAUGCUAAAUCCAUACAAUACAUUCCAAACGAUUUGUAACUUCUGGAGAUGAAUAUAGUGGUAUAGAUUAUUAGAAUUGUAUAAGAUCGAAAUGUUAUUCGAUAUAACUAAAGUUAAGAUAAUUCGUACUAUUUGUAAUAAAAAAUGUAAAUAAACAUGUUACGUUGAUGAGUUUUUUAUUUUUUAUUCCUCAUGUACUGAUACAAUAUACAAGCACAUCUGCAAGAACCAUAAGCUACACAAUGUGUUCCAGAUCCGUCUGAUGAAUCCUCUAAAGUUUGAGAUUUUUAAUUUUAUAGCAUAAUCAACCAACUCAUAGUCGAAUA